AUGACCAAAAAAAUAGAUGACGCAAAAUCAAUAAUAACGAGGAGAGAGGAAAGGCCCGGGCACGACGCGGCAACAAGUGAAAGAGAAGAUGUCGAUGGAGGGAAGCGAUGAUAAUCGAUGGCAGUCUUACAACACCGUUUACACUAGCGCGAAAGCAGGAAUGGAAGGUGUUGACAAAGAAAAAGUACAAAGGAUUGUUUAUGAAAUGAGCAAAGGAUCCAAAUAUUUUCAGAAUGAGGAAAGGAAGGAGUCUUUUAUCAAAUACAAAGUUCAAAACAUGCGUCUUCACUUUUCAAACCUUACACACUCUGAUUUAUCACAUUAUCAAAAGAUUGCUGAUAAAAGAAUUCUUGAACUUGAAGCUUCGCGCGACCUUUCAAGGAUUUGGUUACAUGUAGAUAUGGAUGCUUUCUAUGCAGCAGUUGAGACAUUAAGUAACCCUAUGUUAAAGGGUAUGCCAAUGGCUGUUGGCAGCAUGUCUAUGAUAUCCACUGCCAAUUAUGAGGCCAGGAAAUUUGGAGUUCGUUCUGCCAUGCCUGGCUUUAUUGCACGGAAGCUAUGUCCAGAGUUAAUCUUUGUUCCAGUUGACUUCAAGAAGUAUACUCAUUACAGUGAUUUGACCAGAAAAGUUUUUCAGAGGUAUGAUCCAAAUUUCAUCGCCGGUAGUCUGGAUGAAGCAUACCUUGAUAUAACUGAAGUUUGCAGAGAAAGAAAUGUCAAAAGUGAAGAAAUUGCUCAAGAAAUCAGAGUCGGUGUUUUAGAAGAGACUGGUCUCACAUGUAGUGCUGGAGUGGCACCGAAUCGCUUACUUGCUAAGGUUUGCUCAGACAUAAACAAGCCAAAUGGACAGUAUGUUUUACCAAAUGACCGCUUGGCUGUUAUGACUUUCAUAUCCUCCCUUCCUAUCAGAAAGAUUGGGGGCAUCGGUAAGGUUACUGAACGUAUUUUGAAGGAAGUUUUUGGAAUAAGCACAUGUGAGCAGAUGCUGGAUAAGGGUAGCUAUCUUAGUGCUCUUUUUUCUCAGUCAACAGCAGAUUUUUUUUACUCUGUGGGUUUAGGUUUGGGAAAGACGGAUUCUCCCCAAGUAAGAUUUCGGAAAAGUAUCAGCAAUGAGAGGACGUUUUCUGCCUCUGAGGAUGAAGCGCUGUUGCAUAAAAAAUUGGCGGAGCUUGCUGAAAUGCUAUCCACAGACAUGCAAAAAGAGGGUCUGCAUGGGAGAACGUUGACUCUUAAACUGAAAACUGCUUCUUUUGAGGUUCGGAAUAGAGCUGUGACUUUACAAAACUACAUCAACUCAAGUGAUGAUAUUUUGAAGCAUGCAUCAAAAUUGCUGAAAGCUGAACUUCCUGUUUCAGUACGAUUAAUAGGCCUUAGAGUAUCACAGUUUAGUGGACAAAAGUGUGGUGCUACACCUGAUCCUACACAGAAGACUAUUACCAAUUUCAUUACUUCAGGAGAAGCCAAUAGGAAAAAUAGUUCUUUUUCAGAUGUUACAGACCACGACUUUGUCACUGAUACAGAAACUGAUCUUUCCCUUGACGGUAGACACACAGGUCAGCUUGAUAGCAGAGAUCCUUUUGAUGGCGAUCAUUCGUUAGAUGUAAAUUACCAAAGCUCCACUCUUCGGAAAACUGCUGGUGCAGAGAAGCAGGUGCGAACUUCUGACAAUGCUGAUGCAAGUUCUAACCACAGUGGAUGUACAAAGGUUCUGGGAGGAUCAACUUCUUUCCAAGGGAAGUUCGAGGGCAAAAAUGUGAAUAACGGGUCUAAUCUCCUGGAGGAUGAUAGGCCUAAUUCUUGUCAGGAAAUGAUAAUGUUGUGGUUGGAUGACUAUAAAUGUUCACUCUGUGGAGCAGAACUUCCUCCAAGUUUUGUUGAGGAAAGAUUAGAGCACUCUGAUUUCCAUUUUGCUGAAUUGCUUCAAAAGGAAGAGUCUAGUAUUCACCAAGCAUCUGUUCCGAUUCAAAGUCAGGGUCAGAAGCACCGAAUCAAUAGACAAAGCAAAUCCAAGAAGCAAAAGUUGUCUCACAAGGAGGGCAAGCAUACGCCCAUUGAUCAUUUUUUUGUUAGAGAGUAGUCAAAGCUUACGAUGUUGGUGUAGCAUAAACUCAACAUAUGGCCGUUAUUAUUAGCUAAUAAUCUGUUAUUUUUGCAUGUGAUAUGUAUAUGUAACCUGUAAGCUGCUAGGAUUGCUCUAGUUGUGAGAGAUUUGGGUAGCAUGCAUGAGGUUUUAAGGUUAAAACCGCGUUGUCUUCGUUGUACACAAUAAAACAUAUGUAUAAUUUCUAUUUGUGAUUAUGGUUGUUUUAUGAACUUUGAUAUGAUGAAUAAAAUAGAGAAACUCAUUGAGGGUUCUGAAUUAAA